CUAAUUGGAAAAAAAAAAAAAAGUCCUAGGCUCCUAGUCCUACUAGGCUACUGAAGUGCUUAAAAGAAUAUCAUAACGCUACCGUGCGCAAUAGAAUCCCCUCUCCUAGUCUCCUUCUCCACCUUCGCCCUCAUUGCAGCAAGGCUUGUAAGCAACCGGAGAAGAGGAGAGAGAAAAAGAGUGCAGCGAAUUUCUUAAAAAAAUGAAAGACGACGGAGAAAAACGCCAACAGAUGAUGGAAAAUCUUUUCGGAGUUAAUUCCGAAGAUGAAGAAGAAGAGGAAGUUGAUUCUGAGCAUGAAUCCAAUCAUCACCGCCCUAAUUAUCUCUCAGAUGAAAAUGAUGGAGUUGCUGAACAAGAGGUUGAAGCUGAAGCUUAUGUAGAAGGGCAAGGUGAGGCAGAAGGCGAGAGUGAAGGUGAAUAUCGUGAGGAAGAACCAGAAGUAGGAGAAAGCGAAGGUGAAAGAGAACAGAGUUCCCAAGAAGUAGAAAUAGGUGACCAACAUGAAGAAAGUGAGGCAAGAGAAACAGACAGUGAUGAAAAAGAAGAUUAUGCCCAGAAGGUAGUGACAAGUAGAAGAAGGGAUGUGGUGGAUAGUGGAUCAGAAAGGUCUGAGGAACAAGAACCCCAUUACAUUGUACCUGACGACGAAGAAGUUGGUCAGACUAGAAGUCCCGGAGGAUCUCCUGAAGAGGAGAGGGAUCUGACGCAUGUAGCUCAAUCAGUUGCUGAAAUUCGCGAUGUUUUUGGAGAUUCUGAUGAAGAAGAGCCGGCUGAUUAUGGUGUUCAGCAUGAUAUGGAGCAAAGAUCUCCCGUUGAAGAGGAAGAAGGCUACGAGAAAAAUCUGAGGCCAGAUGAUUUAGUUCGUGAUGAAGAUGCUCAAUUCGGGUCAGAAGAAGAAACUGAGGCUAAACUUAAGGAGAAGCCAGUUGGCCCGCCAAUGGAGUUAGAAAUACCUUUGCGCCAGCCUCCUGCACACCCUGAGAAGAUGAACAUGAUCAGAGUUUCAAAUAUCAUGGGAAUUGAUCCCAAACCAUUUGAUCCCAAGACAUAUGAGGAAGAGGAUGUCUUUGUCACUGAUGAAUCUGGUACAAAAAAGCGAAUACGCUUGGAGAACAACAUUGUGCGUUGGAGAACUGUGAAAAAGGCAGAUGGAACACUAUCUUAUGAGAGCAAUGCACGCUUUGUGAGGUGGUCAGAUGGUAGUCUACAGCUACUAAUAGGGAAUGAGGUUCUUGAUAUAUCUGUGCAAGAUGCUCAGCAGGAUAACGCAUACCUAUUCCUUAGACAUGGCAAGGGAAUUCUCCAAUCACAAGGCAAGCUUCUUAAGAAAAUGAGAUUUAUGCCAUCAUCCCUGACAUCAAAUUCCCAUCGUUUGCUAACUGCACUUGUGGAUUCGAGGCAUAAGAAGGUGUACAAGGUUAAAAACUGUAUCACUGAUGUUGACCCCGAGAGGGAGAAGGAGCAAAAGGAAAGGGCGGAAAGUCAGACAAUCAGGGCCAAUACCCUUCUUAACAAGAAGCGGGAAAGGGUGAAUCGUAAGUACACAAAACCAUUGGAAAGAGGUCGACAGCUGUCUCCUGGAUUUUUGGAGGAUGCUCUUGAAGAGGAUGAGGAAGCAAAUUACUAUGAUUCUCGUCGGCAAGUCUCCCGGCAUCGCUUCGAGGACGAGCUUGAGGCAGAAGCUAGAGCUGAGAAGCGCAUUAUUAAUGCUAAGAAGGCCCAAGGAUUCAAAGACAUUCCAAGGAAAUCAUCAGGUGCUCCAAAAACAUCUCGGCGCCCAGUAGAUUUCUCUGACAGUGAAAGGGAUGAGUCAGAAUAUGAAACAGAUGGUGGGGAAGAGGAAAGAUCCCCUGAACGUAGAAUGGAGGAUUCAGAGCCAGAAUGGGAGGAUUCAGAGGAUGAGGAGCAAGAGGCAGCUCAAGGUGGAGCUUCUGAAGAGGAGGCUGAGGAGCCAAAGCAGAUGGUCAAGGAAGCUAGAGGUAGCCUUAAACGCAAGGAGAUAGAGUCAGAUGAGGAGUCUCCCCGCAAGAAGCCUACAACACAUCGUCGGAUGGCUGUUGUUUUCGACAGUGAUGAGGACUGAAGCCUUUGGAUUGAUCAGAAGUCACGUUUCAAAGAAAUACAUUACGCGUCCGGGGAGGUCUGCAUGGUGCUCAUCUUUGUUGCUACGAAAAAUGCAGCUUCAGCCACAUUCAAAGUUCUAUGUCUUCAAAAGUCUGGUUCCAUUUGCUGAGGGACGAGUUGGGAGGAGUGGGGGUGGGGGGUAGUGAAAGAAAGAAAAAUGGGAAUAAUUUAGGGUUUGAUUAUCUAUAUAUACCUCUUCUAAAUUUUUGCCUUUUGUUUAUAAGGGUGUAUAAUUCAUUUAUGUAAUAUUGUACUGGAUAGCAGAAGGAUGAAAGCCUGAAAGGCCUGGAAUCUGGAUGCGCUUAAUCUUUCCCGACAAUAAACAUUCCUCGCUAAUUUACUCAUUUGAUAUUUUGCUAAGUAAUAUGUGGUAUUUAUUAUCUA